AUAAAUAUAUGUAUAUAUAUAUAAAAUAGGAGGCAAGGAUUUUUAUAAAGUGAAUUCUUUCAUACGUUGGUUAUGUGCAAUGCCGAGAUGCUGCAAUGAAAACAAGGCAGUGAGUUCGGUUGGCACUAGUCGGGAACAUAAUACAGAAGAUAUUUUAUUAACACAGAGUCGUUCUUUUACAAUUGGAAAUCAGUUGGAAUUAGAAGAAGAUCCACCAAUUGUUGAGAAAUCACACAGAAGAGUAAGGUGUGAUCUAAGUCCAGUUCCAACAAGCACAAGUACUAAUUUGAAUAUAAAGCUUUUAAGUAUUAAGGGAGAUAGAAACACUCGUCAAGAUCAAGUGGACACUGGAUCUGGUGGGUACAGAGAACGGAAAAAAGAAAUUAAAAAGAGAGCAGCUAUAGGCAAUACAGUGCGUGGAUUUCUCUCAUCUGGCCACAGCAGGCAGGACAGGUAUGAGACAAAUAGACAACAAUCUUCGGGCGGAAGUGGCCUGUCAAGUUUAUGUCCAAAGCUGGUGGCCAGUGGAGGUGGUGGUAAUCAGGGUGGGAUUAGUCUAUCAGUGGGCCACUUAGCCUCUCAGGAAGGAGCAGGUCCUUGUUCUGUUGUAACCACUCAAAGGAUUCAUAACCACACACAUAAUCAUAAACGCCAAAGAAAAUUAUCUAUUGUUUCACAAGCUGGCACUAGUGCCCAUAAUUCUGGUGAUAGAAAGACAUCAAAUAUAAACCGUUCCUCUACACCAAUUUGCAAGAAACAAAUACGAUCACAAAGAACAGAUCUUACUGAUUCAUUAUCUAUAACAAGUAACGGAAUCGCUAGUAAUUCACCUUCUUCUAAAAAGAAAGUUUUAUCUGCAUUACGAAUUUCUGAAAAAUCAUCAUCUCGAAAUCUCAAUUCGCCAUCUUUAGAUCAUGAAAACGACCGUAGUUUUAGCGAUGCAGAGGAAGCUAUUACAGCAACAGAAAAUGUCUGCAAUGUGCCAGGAUCCACUUCCACACCAUCGACACCACUUAGUCGACUGAAAUCAAAAAGAUCGGACGAAGAUGAAACGAGUAUGGAAUGCAAUAUUAGUGAAGAAGGUGCUGAUUUGUCACAGAACACAUCAGACAAAAAAGAAUCAUUAGAUCCUAAUGAACAAAGGACAUCUACAUCAGAAUGUUUCGAAUUUUCUAAAACUUCGAAUAUUACAAGAAAAAUAUCAACAAAUAGUAUUGAAGAAGAAAUAAGUACACAGAAUAAACAAAAAUUAUUUUCCUCUUCUUCUACAAGUACGAAAUCCACUGAAUGCAAAUCUAUAAAAUCUAGAAGUAAAUAUGUUACAGAAAAGAUGAUUGAACAACAAAAUAAUAAAAAUUUAAAAGAAGCAAAUAUGGAAAAAAACAUAGAUACAACUUUGGCUACAGAAAUGAAUUCAACAGUAAAUAAAAAUAAUGAAAAAACAAAACAGAAAACGUCUAACGAAGAAUCAAAAUCUACUAAUAUUGAAGAGAUUGAAAACUUGGCCAAAAAUUUGGAAAAAAAUAUGAUAGAUGAUAGAAAGAAUACGCAACAAAGUGAAGAAAAGAUAAAAAGUUCAAGAUUUGUAACAUCAAAAGUAUCAGAAGAAAUUAUAGAUACUGAGGUUAAGGAUAUAGAGGCCCAAAGAGAAGUAGAAGAAGAAGUAACAAUAUACGAUGAUGAUAAUGGCACCAGUAUCAGUGAUAUUGUUGCUGCUCAAGCGCUUCAUGAAUCUCUGAGUAAAUUAGGAAAAGUGCCACCAUUAGAUACAGAAAUGGAGAAUGUCAAUAAUACAAGCACGCAAGACGAAACCAAAAUGGUGAAAGAAGAAAAAGAAGAGAUGGCAAAAGAAGUCGUGCAAGAAGAAACGGUUGAAGGAUUUAUUGGUCCUUUACUUGAUGAAAAUUUCAAAGCAGAUGAAAAAUUAACGCAGAAAACAAUGGCUAUGGAAGAAGUACGAAAUUUAUUAAUGAAAGUUAAAGUGCAAACUGUUGAAGAUGAUGAUGACGAAGAAAAGGCCAUAGGUAUAUCACCAGAUGGUAGAUUUUUAAAAUUUGAGGAGGAAAUUGGUAGAGGCAGCUUUAAAACUGUAUACAGAGGUCUGGACACUCAAACUGGUGUAGCUGUUGCUUGGUGCGAAUUGCAGGAAAAAAAAUUAAAUAAAACAGAAAGGUUAAGAUUUCGAGAGGAAGCAGAAAUGUUGAAAGGGUUACAACACCCAAAUAUUGUUAGGUUUUAUGAUUAUUGGGAAGUUACACUUACACGCAGAAAAUAUAUUGUGUUGGUCACUGAACUUAUGACUUCAGGAACAUUGAAAACGUACCUAAGACGAUUUAAAAAAAUUAAUCCAAAAGUAGUAAAAUCUUGGUGUCGACAAAUUUUGAAAGGCCUCAGUUUCUUACAUUCGAGAUCACCACCAAUUAUUCAUCGUGAUUUAAAAUGUGACAAUAUUUUUAUAACUGGUACUACAGGAAGUGUAAAAAUUGGCGACUUGGGACUUGCUACUCUUAAAAAUCGAAGUUUUGCAAAAAGUGUUAUCGGAACUCCUGAAUUUAUGGCACCAGAAAUGUACGAAGAACAUUACGAUGAAUCUGUUGACGUUUAUGCAUUCGGAAUGUGUAUGCUUGAAAUGGCUACUAGUGAAUAUCCAUAUUCAGAAUGUACUGGACCGGCACAAAUAUAUAAACGUGUAGUAUCGGGUGUAAAGCCACAGAGCUAUGAUAAAGUGGAAAAUCCAGAAGUACGUGAGAUUAUAGAAAUGUGUAUUCGUCUAAAGAAAGAAGAACGACCCUUAGUUAAAGAUCUUUUAAAUCACGAAUUUUUUGCGGAUGAUGUUGGAUUAAAAUUAGAAAUGGUUUCGAGAGAUUCGGCCGUAGCGGAUGCUGAAUUAUCGCGCGUAGAAUUCCGACUCAGAGUGUUGGAUCCCAAGAAACGUACUAAUAAACAUAAAGAAAAUGAGGCAAUACAAUUUGACUUUGACAUUCAAACUGACAACGCAGAAGAAGUAGCCUCGGAAAUGGCUAAAUCUAGCCUUAUACUCGAAGAAGAUGUUAAGGCUGUGGCAAAAAUGUUAAAAUCGCAAAUCAGUACUUUGUUGCGAGAGAGAGAAGAACGUAAAGCCAAAGAAGAAAAGGAACGUUUAGAUCGAGAAGCAGAUAGCGCUAAUACAACCACUGAAAAUUUGUUGCAACAACAAUUAUUACUUCAACAAAUGCAAUUGCAACAACAGCAACAACAACAGAUACAAUCAAACAUGGGUAUUCAAAUUCAGAGUCAAGUACAAAUGCAGUUGCAACAGAAUCAAAUACCUUUGCAGCAGCAGCAGCAACAGAUACAAACUGCUGCACAACAACCUCCGCAGCAUAAUUUACAGCCACAACAAGUUCAAUUGGUUCAACAACAACCAUUAAUGCAACAACAAACAUCUGUUGUUCAACCGCAGCAAGCACAGCAAAUGCAACAAGUACCUCAAGUUUCACAGCAGCAAGUACAAUACCAACAACAGCAAUAUCAACAGCAGCUACAACAACAAUAUCAACAGCAACAGCAGCCACAACAAUUUCCUUCGCAUGUUUCACAAAAUUUAACUGCUACUUCACAAUGUUCUACCCCUCAGACUGUACAAACUCAAUCACAGUUUCCUCAAGUACCUCAACAAAUACAACAACAGCAACAUUUGCAUCAACAACAGCAAUACAUACAAUUGAAUGUGCCGCAACAAAUGGGCCAUCAAAUACAACAGCAAAUACCGCCACAAAUACAAAUUUUACCACAACCGCAACAUAUGCAUCAACAAAUACCACAACCUCAACAGGUGCAAUAUUCUCAACCGCAAAUACAGCAUGUUCAGCAAGUACAUUCGCAUUCGGUAAAUUCUCCGCCAGUUCAAAAUCAACAAUACUAUCAACAAAGUGCAACAGGAACCUCAGGAUACAGUACGCAAUCUAUAUAUCAACAAAAUAUAUCUCAACAAAUGUAUCAUUCAUACGCUGGCUCAAAUUCUUCUGGCCAUGUUGAAAUUUUACCAUCCAACCAAUCUACCGCUCAAAUAUAUUCUCAUCCGAGCAUCCCUCAGAAUACAGCACCUUCAACUUCACAACCUUAUAUACAACCACAACCAGGACAAGCAUCUGUACCAUCCGGUCUAAAUAUUCAAAGCACAUCAUCAGUAACUCACAUACAAAAUACAAUAACUUCUACAAUUCCAAUGCAAAAUGCAUCGUCGAUUAUUUCAAAUGGUGGCCACCAGCCUCAACAUCAACAAAACGUUUUGGUUCAAAUGCAAUAUUCACAAAAUUCUAAUAUCCCUACUACUGUACCUAUAUCAUCUGGUAUUUCUGUGCAAUCAACAACAACAUCUCAACAUCAACAAUCUUUUAUUUCAAGUACAGAGCAAUGUUCUAACACAGAUAGGUCAUCCUUAUCUAAACAAGAUACAAUGGAUUCUGUGCAAUCUCUUCCACCAGACGUACCAUCUAAUAUUCAGGAUCAAGGGAACGUUUCUACUAUAUCUGGUAGCGCUACAUCCCAAGCAACAGUGCCAAAUGAAGGAAUGAGUCAAGAAAGUACCGAAAAUGUCACUUCGUCUGAAAGGUCUAAAGUAAAAAGAUCUGGUACAAAACGUAAGAAGCCUGGUAUAAAAUUAACAGUUUUGUCUGUAAGCAGUAACGAGGGGCAAUCAAUGACUGUUGAAUGUCAGCUAGAUACCAGCAAACAAAAAACUGUAACAUUUAAAUUCGAUAGAGAUGAUAUGGUACCUACUGACAUUGCUAACAAUCUGGUUGCUGAAAACUUAUUACCACAAUCUCAAUGUGAAACAUUCGUUGAACUGAUAGAAGAUAUUGUUAAACAAUUGCGUUUAGAUCCUACACGGUCUUUACCUCUAGUAGCACAUGGUCCACCAGAUCAGUCUGCCGGUGGUAGUCCAGUUACGAGUCGUCGACCUAGAGAUCGUGACCACAGUCUUGAUACAACUAAGAGAGACGAAACUUCAAACACUUCUACACCUACGAAAUUGUUACCGAUUGACCAAAUUCUUUCUCAUAUUACGGGUUCCUCUUCAACGGAAAAACAACAAAAUGUGCAAACACCUGAUAGCCAGAUGGGUCCUGAAAACACAUCAGCUGAAGCCUCCAGAAGAUCAUCGACUUCUACACAAAAUACAGAUACAUUAACACCGACUAAUUUACCAAGCGACCCAACGGAUCCAACUCAGGAAACUAUCGUUUCUGUAACAGCAGACACAGUUGUAGACGUACACAGCAUACUUAAAGAUGAAAUCGCUAAAUCAACGAAUCAAAAUCAAACAAACGAUUCGGCUGUAAAUCAAACAAACGAAAAAUUUAAAGAAUCCAUGGUUCAGGACGAAACUGAGCAAGAAAAGGAAAUAAAUAAAGAAACACCUGAUGCUUCAGUUACAGAAAUGACUACAUUAACUGCACCACCUCCAGCGCGAAAAAUUUCUCGUUUCUUAGUUAGUCCUGUAGUCGAGCAGAAAGUUGUUACAAGUGAAGAGGAAGAAUCUACUACUGUAGAAAGUGUAGAUAAAUCUAAUAUAUUAACAACACAAUCUAGUUCAUUAUUGCAACCAAAUACGAUUGAUGAAGGACAAGCAAAACACGAUGAUCUAGAAGUGAAUGUUUUGGAGACACAAGCUACAGAGAAAUCUAAUAUUGAAACCGUUACGCAAAGUCCUCAGUGUGUCGUAGAACAAAUGGACAAUAUUCAAACAAUUCAACAACCGGUACAGCAAUCGAUUAUUCCUCAAACUACUGUACAAGGGCAACAAGCGAUACUAUCCAUGUCACAAAUGCAACAGAAUGUUAAUGCUACGCAAUCUAGUCAACACAACGUAAUUGUUCAAGGAUCGGCAAUAACGCAGCAAUCACCUCAACAAAUACAAGUUGCACCUCAAAGUGUAAGUCUGUCACAAAAAGAUUUACAAACUUCGACUGGAAUCAAUUUAGUAGGGCAGUAUCAGAAUCAAUCUAUACCGUGCAAUUUUCUGUUACAACAACAACAAAUUACCGUACAGCAAAAUUUAACGCAAAUGCACAUUCAGCCUGAACAUCAAGGGCAAAUGCAAGUUCAGCGACCGUUGCAACAAUUUCAACCUCAGCAAAUACCGCAACAACAUCAACAAUAUGUAAUACUUUCUGGACCUAUUUCACAAUUGCAACCAACUGCAAUCAUAGAUGAAAGAAACCGCAGGAUUUCUAAUAUUUCUACGACGUCGAACAUGUCCACGGAUUCACAAAUUUCAGAAACUGCUAGUGUAACAGAUGACAAAAAACAAUCAAUAGUUGUGCCCAAUUUAUCGAUGCCUCAAAUGCAGUCUGUACAAUAUAUUUCUCAAACAGAUGGAUCAAACAUUACUCCUUUGUCACAAACUGUUUUAGAACCAAUCCAACAACUUCAAACGACUCCUCAAACUAAUGUCCCCAGUGCAUCUAUACCUGUGCAUCAAGUUGUUAGUGCAGAAGUUACUCCUAAAGUUAUGCUUAAAACGAAAGAAGUUUCUUCAACGCUUCCAGAUUUAGCACAAAAUUUAGCAAAUAUACUUUCAAACCCAAAAUCAAAAUCUGUGACUCCUCAUUGUUUAACUAACCACGAGCCAAGCCAAACUGUAAAUAUUUCCGGAACCACAGUACUCGAAUAUAAACCAACUCUUCAACCUGAGCAGUAUUUCCAACCUAUUCAACCUGAAGCAAGUCAAAUACAAAUACAGUCACAAUUACCACAUAAUUAUCAAGCGAACAUGACACAGCAAGUAAUUCCACAAACGUUUCAAAUCAGUCAACAGUCUCAUCAAGCUCAGGUACCUUUGCAACAAACAGUGCAACUAAAUACAACUCAUCAGGUCGAUUCUCAGUUACAAAUGGCACAACAAAACUUCCAAGGAGUAGCAGUUCAUGCAUUAAGUUCACAGAAUAAAUGGAUUGCUCCUAUGAAUCAAAUAAUACAACAAACUGCGCCGAUAAGACACGUUCAACAGACCCAGCCACAAUUGCAACAAACUAUCUCACAAUAUGUUGUACAAGAUACUCAAAAUUUAGAAAGUUCUACUCCUUCUGAUCAGUCUCAGUUUCAUUUAAAGCUCCCUGAUCAACAACUCUCAGGAAAAAUAUCCGAGACGGAAGCUCAAGAAGGGAUUAAUUUAACUGGCCAUCUGAAGCACUUAAUGUAGGCACGCCACCUAUAAGUUACCCAGCUACUCCUCAUAAUCACCAAAUGAUAGGUGGAUAUGAUGCCUAUAUGCAUUCUUUGCAACAGAAACUUGUUAAUAUUGGCAUGCCAAUUUCCACUACACACGGUACAGGACCUCUAUCACCUCAAACUACAUUACAGUCUACUGCAACCUUGGCUGAUUCAAGUGUUACAACAAGUGUAGAAAAUUCUGUUUUAGUUCAGGAAAGCUCGAUUCAUCAACUUGCACUUUCUCAAACUCACGUGGAUUAUUCUCUCGAUAGUCCAACACCUGGAGGAGCUCCUGUAGGAUCUGAAACUAUGAGUCCCAGCAAAGAAAGUAUAAAAGUUCGAACGCAAAGACCAGGAUCUCGUCUCCAGGAAUUAGAACAGGAAUUAGCAAAAAUUCAUCAUAGAGGGUCGAUUUUACCAACAGCUUCGCCACAACCUUUAACACCGCCUGUAUCCGUCGUUGGGUCUGUCCAAAUGCAACCUACUCAAAGUUUACUGACUACCAUUCCACCUAUAACUGCUGUGCCUGUCGCUACUGUUACUCCCAGUGUCAUUACAUCACGCUCGGAUACGAACACUCCAGUGCAAAUAGAAUCUCAAGAAAAUGCUUCUGAGAAGGUUAGUACAACACAACCUGUUAGAAAAAUAUCAAGAUUCGUGGUUUCCAAGGUCGCAGGUCCUCCUAGUAAUGCUGCUAUAUCAAUUCAACAACAUGCCGAUAUAUCAAAAAAUCAAGUAGAAGAUUCAAAGGUUUAUCAUGUAGAUGAUACACAAGACAAACCAUGGAACUGGAAACAUUGCAGAGAAGACACAGAGAAGAAUUGGAACGAUUUCAACAGCAUCAAUUGCAGCUAUUAAUUCAACAACAACAGCAAGCAAGUGCGCUUCAUCAACAUCACCAUCAACAUCAUCCAGUUCUUUAUCAUACCGUUGCAACUAGUGUGACAGGACAAACUAGACUUCCAGGUACAGAAGAUUAUUUAAUGUUUAAUACAACACCCCAAACUCCUUUGCAAAAAGCUCCAAGUAAUUAUCCAGAUACGGAUGAAACAUUACGAUUAGCUAUGCAGAAAUUGAAGCAAACUCCUCUGCAACUACAAUCACAACAGGCAGCAACUGGAAUACCACAUGCUUAUGUUAUUCCAAUUCCAGUAGUGCCUUCUGAAACUAUGCAAAAUGUGUCUACUCAACAAUCUGCUAGUUAUUCGAGUGAAAUCACAGAAUCUCUUGAACCAGUACAUAAUCCGGCAAUUAUAAAUCCUGCGCAAUAUCAGUUCACACCUAUUUUAUCAGACGGAACAAAUAUUGCAGUAUCUUCUACUGGAUCAUUAGUCACACCUAUACCGAUAUCAAGUUCAACGGGAAGUGGGGCUUACAUUCAGUAUCACGAUAAUCAAACGUUAUCAAAUUUUCAAACAUUCAGCUGUACACCACAUGGUGGUUUCUUUUUACCAGCUGGCUAUCGACUAAUAUACGCUCCACCUGGCGGAACAUCACAGUCUCAACCAGCUACGCCAGCUACCCCACAUAUAGGAAAUUCUCAUGAUGGUACACCGCCGGCAGAACCUUUGCAUACCACAAAUGUCGACAAUUCAACAGCUCCUUCUUCCCAUAUCGAUCAAUAACGUAAUCUUCAACGAGUUUUGAUCUAUAUUUUUCGAUUUAUUCAUUUUUCUAACACAUUCUUUAUUUAAACGUUGCCCUUUAUCCACUAGUAUGAGAAUCAUGCAUUAUUACGAUUGUUAUUCUAUUAUAGUUUUGCUAAUUGCUACCCUCAUCCUCGUGGAUAUGUAUGCGAGGAGACGCGAAUGAAAGUAUUUAGGAUGUAUUCGAUAUUGUAACAUCCGUACGUAAUCGCUGAAAUAUUCUCGUUAUCUAUGCGUGAGCAUGACAUUAUCUGAUAUGUGCCUCGCAAGAAAAUUAAAACCUCGAUUCGUACACGGAGAAUAUUUUGAAUUAAGCUUCUGGACAAAAAACGAUAGGAAAGAAAAAAAAAUAAAAUAUUGAAAUUGAGGAUAGAGGCCUUUACAUGUACUGUGCUUAUACCUUAUUGUAGUAAAUAUCCUUCUUUAGUGAAAAUGCUUAUUAAAAGACCUUUUCUGCUCUCAAUUUAUUGAUAGCACAGUCCACACUAGUACAGGCCUCAGCUAGUCUUACAAAUGAUGGCAUAUAGCCAUUCUACUCGAUAUAUAUGUAUAACUGUUAAUGUAUACUGAAUGCUUUGGAGAAAGAGUGUAUGUUACGUGUGCAUGUAUGUGAUUGCAGGAGUCAGACAGAAAAGAAAUAUGAUUAAUAUAGUCACUGUUAUGCUUUAAUGUAUUUCUAGCGAUUUUACCUACUUCAAUUAAAAAAAAAGUCAUGUGUUACUAGUUAGCGGUCUUAUGUAUCUUAUCUAAUAUUAUAUCAACUAUUAUCUUUUUUAGACUCGAUUGUGAAUAUUUUUAUCAUAGCGUAUUUAAUUUAUCGAAGUUUAUUUCACUUAAAUUGGCAUUUCAUUUACAGUACGUUUUGAAAUAUAUUUGCACAAUCCAUUCCUUUGAAUAUUUUAGGAAUUUUUGUUAUUUAGCACUUUAAUUUCUGAUGAAAAUAAUAGUAGUCAUCAUAAAUAUUGAGAAUCUAAUUUAAAAAAAAAAAAAGCUCAAUAGAGACAUGACAUAAGUAUGAAAUUCAUACAUGUUUUAACGAUAUCAAAAAUCUCGAAAAAUAUAUUUUAAAUUUUCAUCUGUGCUAUCACAUAUUGCAUUUUGCAAUAUAGUUAAGAAUAGCUUAUUUGUAUAAUUACAAAUAUUACUAUUGUUCAUUGGUGAUCAUAAUGUUAUAUUUAUUUCGUUCAAAUAAUUGCAGUUCAUGUCGCUUUUAAUGUUGCGAUUUACUACUGCUUUCAGCAUGAAUUUAUUAUUGUCAGUAUUAGAAUUUCAAAAACUAUUUUAUAAUUUUGAAUAUGAAGUUUUUUCUUCUAAUCUUCAAGUUAUUAGUACUCGAUCAUGAUAUAGAUAUAUUAAAUUCCACCCGAUUGUUCUAUAUAUACAUACAAUUUAUUUUUAAGUUUUGCAUAUCACAAUUUUGUUUUCUUUUUUCAGUUUAUUGGUGAAAAAUACGAUUAUAUCUUUGAAUAUUGAAUAUUGAAUCCAGUUGAUCCACCUGAUAAUAAAUUCAUGUGGCUGUUGAACGAAACAUUGUAAUAAUUGUAUGUAUUUCUUAUGGAAAUACGUUGCAAUUAUUCUUAUAUAGCUAUUUUAAAUAAAUUUAUUAGAUAAUACUCAAAGAAAAUGCAUAACAUAUAAUACUUAAUGUACAUAUUAUUCAUUUACUGUUAGGUGGAUUGGCUUUCGAUAAAAAUACAGCUUCUAUGUUUGUUAAUAAAAGCUGAGUAUAUGAAAUUUCGAAAAUAAACUAUGUUUAAAUGUAAUAAUUUACAGUGAUACAAUUUGCUAAAAAUCGACUUUUAAUUUUUUAAACUUAUUCAUUGAAUGUGAUGAAAUGAAUGAAAUAAGACAAUAGAGAUAAAUAUUAUUUCAUCAACACAGCAUUGCAACGGACUACUUCCUUCCAAAUACAUUAUACAUAAUGUGAUUUUAACUAUACUUAGUAUUAUGAUAAUAAUAUAAUUGGAGUAAAUUUUUGUAAAACAUUUUUGUUGUUUUACCAAAGAAUACCAAACAAUACUGUUACAUACAAGAAAAAAAUUACAACAUGAAUUUAUCAUAGUUCUUUUCUACUAAUAUGGCAUCUAACUUGAUGGAAUUGAACUUAGUACAUUCAGACGUAGAUAUUAUAAUAUAUUUUUCAGAAAAUAUGACAAAAAACAAGUAAAUCAUAUUUUGCUACAUUUAAAAAUUUCACACAUAAAAUCUUAGUGCAUAUUGUUGGAUCAGAAUUUAAUGAACUAAUUUAUUAAAAUUAUUUAAUUUAUUUAACAAAUUCAUAUAAUUAAUUGCAAGUAUAUUAUAGGCAAUUUGUUGAUUUAUAUACAUAUAUAUAUAAUAUAUAUAGAUUAUAUAUAUAGUAUAUAUAUAGUAUGUACUGUAUAAGUAUACUGUUUUAAGCAUAUAAAUAUAUCAUAUAAUAUUUU